AAACCCUAGAUUCAAACCCAGAAAGCCUAUUGUUCUUCCAUAAGGUUCAUCUUUUCAUCUGUCUUCUGUCGUCUCGAUAGGUGAGUUUGAACUCCGCGAGGCUUCUCUCGACGGAGUUUAUCUCCAUUAUGGACGUGCAUCCAGUCCCUUCUCUUGAUUCAUCUCAUAAAACUCAAGCCAGCGACUGUAGAAAUGGAUUUGUCAAUGAAAUGGUUAAAGGUGAUCACGUUUCAUCCCCGAGCGAAGAAGAAAUGGAAUGCAAAGAAGCCGUUGUUACGGUUACGAAAGGCGUUGCACAGCGAGUUCAGAAGAUCGUCUCCGAGAGUGCUUCUGUCGAGAGAAGAUCUAGUGCGAGGCUGCGGAACCGACCUGAUAACAAGCGACCCUAUUAUGGUACUAGCAGUAGUGGGGAUGUGAAAGACAAAGGUAGCAGGAAAAAUACUAAACUUCAUAAAAGAAGAGAACUGGAAAACCAUGUCGUUGAAGAGGCAGAAAGCUGUAAAACUUGCCCGGUGGUUGAACGGUCGGGUGAAGUGAUGGCCUAUGCUGAUGCUAUCCGUGUUGAUUCGGUUGAUCAAACUCCGGAUGAGGAAAGGGCUGAACGCGGUGAUCGCAAUCCUGCUGAUGCAGUGGGGAAAAGUGACUAUGCUAGGGUGAAGGAGACCUUGAGGAUAUUUAAUACACAUUAUCUUCACUUUGUCCAGGAAGAAGAAAAGAGAUGUAGGAAAGCUGAAGUUGAUGCAAAGAAAGUUGCUCGAGGUUCAAAAUCUGAGAGUGUCCAACAAGGGAAUGCAUCUGAAGAGGAUGCCAAACGUUCUUCCAAACGACCUGAUCUGAAGGCAAUAUCCAAGAUGAUGGAGACAAAUGCUGUUUUAUACCGUGGAAAAAGAUUUGGUGACCUUCCAGGCAUUAAUGUUGGGUAUCAAUUCUUUUCUAGAGCUGAAAUGGUUGCCAUAGGUUUUCAUAGCCAUUGGUUGAAUGGAAUUGAUUACAUGGGACAAUCCUACAGCAAGUUGAAGGAAUAUAGUGGGUACACAUUCCCUCUUGCUGUAGCCAUUGUUUUGUCGGGACAGUACGAAGAUGAUCUCGACAAUUCAGAGGAUGUCGUAUACACUGGCCAAGGGGGGAACAACUUACUUGGCAAUAAGCGUCAAAUUCAAGAUCAAGUAAUGCUACGUGGUAAUCUGGCACUUAAGAAUAGUUUGGAACAUUGUGUGCCUGUUAGAGUCGUCCGUGGGCAUGAAUCUACAAGUAGUUAUUGUGGAAAAGUGUACACAUAUGAUGGUUUAUACAAGGUAGUACAAUAUUGGGCUGAGAAAGGUGUUUCUGGAUUUACUGUUUUCAAAUAUCGCUUGAGGCGACUUGAGGGGCAACCUGUGCUGACAACUAACCAGGUUCAUUAUGCGCGGGUUCAUGUGCCUAAUUCUUUGUCAGAACUACGUGGGUUGGUAUCUUCUGACAUAAGUGGAGGCCUGGAAGAUAUUCCUAUCCCAGCUACCAAUUUGGUUGAUGAUCCACCUGUUGCGCCAGUAGGUCUUACAUAUACAAAGUCAAUACAAGUUGCGGAAACUGUGAAGCUUCCCAUAAGUGCCCCUGGUUGCAGUUGCAAAGGUACCUGUAUUGAUACAAAGACUUGUGCAUGUGCAAGGCUUAACGGGUCUGAUUUCCCAUAUGUGCGUCGAGAUGGUGGCAGAUUAAUUGAAGCCAAAGCUGUUGUGUUUGAGUGUGGGCCAAACUGUGGCUGUGGACCUGGUUGUAUCAACAGAACAUCUCAGCGGGGAUUAAAGUAUCGAUUUGAGGUCUUCCGCACUGCAAAGAAAGGUUGGGCUGUUAGGUCUUGGGAUUCUAUUCCUUCGGGUGCGCCAGUAUGUGAAUACACAGGGAUACUUAUGAGAACUGAUGAUUUGGAUAGCGUUUGUGAAAACAAUUUCAUUUUUGACAUUGAUUGCUUGCAAACGAUGAAGGGCCUUGAUGGACGGGAGAGGCGUUUGGGAGAUGUAUCAAUUCCAACCUAUCAUUUAGAUACUAUUGAUGACAAAAAAUCCGAAAAUGUGCCUGAGUUCUGCAUAGAUGCAGGCUCUGUUGGUAAUGUUGCAAGAUUCAUCAAUCACAGUUGUGAACCCAAUCUCUUUGUGCAAUGUGUAUUGAGUACCCACCAUGAUAUCAAACUUGCUCGAGUGGUGCUUUUUGCUGCUGAUAACAUACCUCCUCUGCAGGAGCUUACUUAUGAUUAUGGCUAUGCCAUUGAUAGUGUCAUACGUCCAGACGGUAACAUAAAAAAGAUGCCAUGUUAUUGUGGUGCUGCAGGCUGUCGGAAGCGGUUGUAUUAGAUGAUAUAUUUGUAACCUAUUAUGGUUAUUUAAUUUUUUGUCAUCUGUUUACUAACAGUUUGCCCAGCUAUUA